AUGAGUGGGCUUCUGGCCAAACUGGACCCACGUCGGAUCCAGUGGGGGGCCACCUGGUUUGCCUUCCAGUCCCGUGUGCUCCGCACCAAACCCGUGGAGUCUAUGUUAGAGAGCACGGGCGGCACGGGGUCCCACGGCACGAGGCUGGCCCGCGUCUUAACCACAGUGGACUUGGUGUCAUUGGGCGUGGGCAGCUGUGUGGGCACGGGCAUGUAUGUGGUGUCUGGUCUGGUUGCCAAGGAAAUGGCCGGACCGGGAGUCAUCGUAUCCUUCAUCAUCGCUGCCGUGGCCUCCAUCCUGUCAGGGGUCUGCUAUGCUGAGUUUGGCGUACGAGUGCCAAAGACCACAGGUUCAGCCUACACCUACAGCUAUGUGACGGUGGGCGAGUUUGUGGCGUUCUUCAUUGGCUGGAAUCUGAUUCUUGAGUAUCUGAUUGGCACAGCAGCAGGCGCCAGUGCCCUCAGCAGUAUGUUUGACUCUUUGGCCAAUCACACCAUCAGUGGCUUCAUGAUCAAACACAUCGGCACUCUGAAUGGCUUAGGUAAAGGAGAGGAGUCCUACCCUGACAUCUUGGCUCUGGUCAUUGCCAUUCUGGUCACAGUCAUUGUUGCCUUGGGUGUGAAGAACUCUGUAGGUUUUAACAAUGUGCUCAAUGUCAUCAACCUGGUGGUGUGGGUCUUCAUGAUGAUAGCCGGACUCUUCUUCGUCAACGGCACCAACUGGGAUGAAGGUCGUUUCCUCCCCUAUGGCUGGUCAGGGGUGAUGCAAGGUGCUGCCACAUGCUUCUAUGCCUUUAUUGGCUUUGACAUCAUUGCCACCACUGGAGAAGAAGCCAAGAGCCCCAACACAUCCAUUCCUUAUGCCAUCACUGCCUCUCUGGUCACCUGUCUGACUGCCUAUGUCUCAGUCAGUGUGAUUCUUACUCUGAUGGUACCCUACACUGAGAUCGACGCGGAUGCUCCUCUGAUGGAGAUGUUUUCAUUACAUGGUUUCCAGGCGGCCAAAUACAUUGUAGCUAUUGGUUCUAUCGCUGGUUUGACUGUUAGCCUGCUGGGCUCUCUCUUCCCCAUGCCCAGAGUCAUCUAUGCUAUGGCUGGAGAUGGACUCUUAUUCAGGUUCCUGGCUAAUGUGAGCACAUACACUGAGACUCCAGCAGUGGCCUGUGUGGUGUCAGGUUUCUUGGCAGCCCUGUUAGCUUUACUGGUCAGUCUGAGGGACCUCAUAGAGAUGAUGUCCAUCGGCACUCUGCUGGCUUACACUCUGGUAUCAGUGUGUGUGCUGCUGCUACGCUACCAGCCCGAAGGCGACAUUCACGGCUUUGUUAAUUUCCUGUCUGAGGAGAACGCCAAGAAGAAGAAAGAGGGUGUGCUGGCUGAGUGCGAGAAGGAUGCGUGUUCACCAGUUAGUGAAGGAGAUGAUUACAGUGGACCGCCCACAAACACCUGUGGAGCCAAGAACUUGCCCUCGUUGGGUGACAACGAAAUGCUCAUUGGCAAACCAGACAAGUCCAGCUACACAGCCAGUCACCCAAACUACGGCACGGUGGACAUGUCUUCAGGCAUCGAGGCCGAUGAGUCCGAAAGCUUCUACUUGCUAAAGCUAAAGAAGCUACUGGGACCUCGUUACUAUACUAUGCGCAUUCGCCUGGGUCUGCCCGGCAAGAUGGACCGCCCCACGCCCGCCACCGGCCGAAUUGUCACCCGCUGCGUGCUGCUCCUCUUCGUCCUUUUUUUCGCUUUCUGUUCGUUGGUCACCUUUGGCACGGAUUGUUUGGGCGAGGGGCGCUGGUGGGCCGUCCUGCUGCUCGUCCUGCUGAUUCUAGUCAUCACCCUGUUGAUUUUUAUCAUCCUCCAGCAGCCCGAAAAUCCCAAACGCCUGCCCUACAUGGCCCCAUGCGUCCCCUUUGUCCCCGCGUCAGCCAUGCUAGUCAACAUCUACCUCAUGCUUAAGCUCUCCACCAUCACCUGGAUCCGUUUCGCUGUCUGGUGCUUCGUGGGCAUAUUGAUCUACUUUGGCUACGGAAUGUGGAACAGCACGUUGGAGAUCACGGCACGAGAGGAGGAGGUGCACGCCAGCACUUAUCAGCGUUAUGACAUGGGCGUCGACGACAACUUUGGCGUAGACGACGACCUUUUCCCGUCCGGUGAUGGGGGUCAGUACCAGGGUUGGGACGCACAGGAUGGGCGGAGCAAAAAGCAACAAAACGAGCAGCAGCAGCAGCAGCAAGAGCAGACAGGACCUCAGCAAACUCCAGAGGACAGUGUGGACAACCACAGGACCUCUUCUCACAGUGGCAACAGGAGAGCCAAAAACAAAGGCCAGUCUGGUCCAGGGUUCGAAGCCCUGGUGGUAGAUGAUGACUUAGAUGAUCCUUUGGAAUGA